UCGCUCGUAGUCAUGCCUUCGAGGAUCGAAGGGAUUCGGGAAGUUGAAGAGAACUACAGGAAAGAGGAGGAGAAAACCACAGAGCAAUUGAAAAAAUUGGAAUCCCAGCGCGGAAUAAUGACGUGUCGACAGCCCUCAGGCCCGAGAAACUCCUCAAGAUCAACGAUCUCCGUAAACGAUCACCCAGAAUCCCGGAACUCACAAUUUUUGAAGGACUUGGAGAUGUCAAAAGCUAGACUGAGAACUCUGACAUCAUUCUCACCAACAGAUCAAGAGCUGCGUCAACAUAUCCAGUCUUAUCGUGCAUCACUGAGGAAGUAGAUGAUUUGAGAUCGAUC